GUCAAGUCUCUAGUCAAGGGACUGGCUUUUUAUUUUCACAAUUUUUGGAACGAUUCUAAAAAUUGAGAACUCUCAGCCAAAUUUAAGUGCUAGAAUUGAAUAAAACAAAAUGCCGAAGAAUAAAGGUAAAGGAGGUAAAAAUCGUAGGAGGGGGAAGAAUGAAAAUGAAACAGAAAAACGUGAAUUGGUAUUCAAAGAAGAUGGACAAGAAUAUGCACAAGUCACAAAAAUGUUGGGUAAUGGUAGGCUAGAGGCUAUGUGUUUUGAUGGUGUCAAGAGGUUAUGCCAUAUUAGAGGGAAACUUAGAAAGAAGGUUUGGAUAAAUCAAGGUGACAUUAUUCUCAUAGGUCUCAGAGAUUACCAAGAUGCCAAAGCAGAUGUGAUUCUAAAAUACACCCCUGAUGAAGCUCGUAAUCUAAAAACAUAUGGUGAAUUCCCAGAAUCUGUUAGAAUUAAUGAAACCGUUACAUUUGUUGAAGAAGGUUUUGAUGAAGAUAUUGAAUUUGGUGAUGACAUCAGUUCAGCAGACGAAGCUGAUCCUGUUGAUGGCAUCUGAUGACAUGAAGACGAUGAUAGUAGGUCAGGCCAAUAAAGAUCUUGAAUGGGUUAUCUCAGAACCGGAAUUCAUCAUGUACCAGAACGUUUUGAAAGACCUAUGUGAUUGUAGAUAAUUUUAUUAAUAAUUUAUCAUAGGUUAAUAUACCAAUAGACUUUUUGGCCUGACCACUUACUACCAAAAAAUGUCAUUUUCUUGCAGCCCUCUCUCAUAGCAUCUCAACUCUUAGAAAAUCAUUUUUUAUAAUUAACGAUUAAAAUCAUUUUAUCAAAUUAAUUAAUGCAAUUUCUUCAAACUGAUAUUUAUGGAUGUUUCUUCUGUGAAAGAAUGUUCUAGGGAUACGUUUCUAUAGAUAUAGAACUGUUAUAUAUGUAAUAUUUUGUACAAUUCGGUUUUUCUGUUUUUUAAUGGCAACAAAAAUGUAAAAGCGUAAAUAAACAUCAUAAAAUAA